GGCCGCCCGGCCGCCUCGGAGGUGCUGAGCCAGCACCUGCGCCAGCGCGGCCUGCCCCACUGGACCUCGUACUGCGUCAAGUACAGCGCGGUGCGCAACGACCAGUUCGGGCUGUCGCACUUCAACUGGCGCGUGGACGGCGCCAACUACCACGUCCUGCGCACCGGCUGCUUCCCCUUCGUCAAGUACCACUGCUCGCGAGCCGCGCCGCGCGACCUGGCGCUGCAGAACGCGGCCUUCAGCGCCCUCAAGCUCCUCAACGCCGGCAUCCCAACUUUACUAUAUGGAAUUGGCUCCUGGUUCUUUGCCAGUGUCACAGAGACUGUUCAUACAAGUUGUGGCCCAGUUACUAUUUAUUUCCUAAAUAAAGAAGAUGAAGGUGCAAUGUACUGAAAUCACACCCUCGAGUACCUGUCAUUUGGUGGAUUUCCAUGUUAUAGCUACUGCAAAUAUCUACUGCCUCCAAAUACAAAAAAGUGAAGACAAUUUUCAAUUUUUUCG